AUGUAUUUAAAAUGUAUUUCAGAUCGGUACAAGCAUUUACCACGGUUCAAUUCGACACCAAGAAGAGGUCUGCCGAAAACUUCUGCCGAAAAAGAAGUAUAUAUAUUUUUGUGGUACAUGGCAAAUACCAACACUUUUCGCGAAGUGUCUAAUUUAUUUGGCGUGUCACAGUCCACAGCAUGGCAUAUUAUUCAAAGAGUGACAAUGUGGCUAAUAUCCAUUGGCCAUGAAUAUGUUAAGUGGCCAAGCAGGGAUGAAAUUGCUCAAAAUAUUGCUUUAAUGGAGGAAAAAACAAAGAUGCCAGGAAUUUUGGGUUGCAUAGACGGAUCCCAUAUAAAAAUUAAGGCCCCGGUUCUGAACAAAGAAAAUUAUUUUAACAGGAAGCAUUAUUACAGCAUUUUACUUCAAGGUGUUGUUAAUGCAAAGAAAAAGUUUAUAAAUGUCUUUUGUGGAGAACCGGGGAGUUUGCACGACAGCCGACUUCUCCGAAGAUCGGAUUUAUAUAGAGUUUCAUUCGAAAGGACAGAAGAGCGUUUUCCUUUCAACUCAUUCCUGCUUGGUGACUCGGCAUAUCCAUGUCUUGAAUGGCUGAUUCCACCCUUCAAAGACAAUGGGAAUAUGACAGAUUCUCAACGCAGAUUCAACGAAAUUCAUUCUUCUGGGCGAAUAGUAAUUGAGCAUACUUUUGGUUUGCUCAAAACUCGUUUUAGAAGAAUACUUCAUUUUACGGAGCACACGAAUAUUAACUCUGUCGUGAACUUAGUGGCAUGCGCUUGCAUACUACAUAACAUGUGUGUAGACAACAACGAUGAGUUAGAGGAAAGCCAUCAGCAUGAAUCUUUUCCAGAGCUUGAUUCUUAUUCAGGAACUUCAAGCAGUUCAAGGCGGCAGCAGUUAAUGGAAGAUUUAAUCAAUAGACACAUAAUUUAA